AUGUCCAAAAAUCUUAAUCGACUGGUUUGGUGUAUGGACUCUAAUGGCAAAUCUGGAUUAUGGUUUAGCCCCUAUUCGGACUCUCGUGGAGGUAAACUGAGUGAAUUUAUUUCUGCCAACAACCUAUUUGUUAUUAAUGAAUAUUAUGGACCUACGUUUCAGGCAACUCAGGGUUCUAGUUAUAUUGAUGUUACUGUUAUUGGUUCAGAUCUUCUCCUGGAUGUUUCGAGUUGGCGGCUGUCUGAAAAAGAAUCCCUUUCUGAUCACAUGAUGAUUGAAUUUGAAUUUUGUCUCUCUACGUUCUUACGAGACACCUCAAAUGUUCCUUUUAAAAUAUUCAAUACAGGGAAAGCAAAUUGGGAUCGUUUUCGAAAAUUUUGUUCUUCUCGCAAAACCCGUUUCAUUGAUAUUCUUAACGACUGUACUGACGGUUCUCGCCUAAAUACUCUUGUUGAGAAUUUUAGUUUUGUUCUUCUCCAGGCAUUUCAAAUUUCCAUACCUGUUAGGAAUCAUGGUAAGCACAAUGUUCCUUGGUGGUCUGCCGAAAUUUUUUGUAUGAGAAAGAGGCUUAAUGCCUCUAGGCGUAGAUUUCAGCGUUGUAAAAAUUCGCCUCUUAGAGAACUUUAUAAAAGUAAAUAUUUUGAAUAUAGAAAAGUUUACAAUCUAAAGCUUGCCGAUGCUAAAUCUCAGUCUUGGAAAAACAUUUCUUUCGACCAUUGA